CUUACGUCAAAGUUCCCGGAUGCUCUCUCUCUGUUUCUUUCUGUGGCCGAUUCUCAGCCAGAACUAGUCAUGGCCAAAAGAACAAGGAAGGUUGGAGUUGUCGGAAAAUAUGGUACUCGUUAUGGUGCCUCACUAAGAAAGAUGAUCAAGAAGAUCGAAAUUACCCAGCACUCCAAGUACACAUGUUUCUUCUGUGGAAAAGAAACUCUUAAGAGGAAGUGUGUAGGAAUCUGGCACUGUAAGGGAUGUGGAAAGACUGUCGCUGGAGGUGCAUGGGUUGUCAGUACAACUGCAGCUGCAACUGUCAGAAGUGCUGUCCAUCGUCUUAGGGUAAUGCAAGAGACCUAGAUAAAGUGUAACUGCAAUUUUGUCAUGUUGUAUAUUAAAUUGACCUUCAACCUUCAAA